AUGCUGUGGCUGUUGCAGUUGCCUGAUCCUCUGUGGCUGGCAGCAUUCGCGGCCAUAAAGUCGCUCUCCCGCCAGUCGACGACCAUUUUGGCCAUUUUGUUAACCGAAUCUCAAUUGGUUUUCUUUCCCCCAUUCCAUUCCAUUGCAGCCAGCACUUCGCAUGGGAGCAGCAGCAGCGGCAGUGGCAGCCGCAGCGGCAGCGGCAGCUGUAAAUCCUCAUCGACCACCAAAGCAGUCCAUAGCAGCAUCAACUACAGCAAUGGAAAGCAGUCUGGAUCAUCCUCAACCUCCAGCAGCUAUGCGGCCGGUGCUUCGGCCGGUGCCUCGUCGUUGGGGGCCUUUGGCCGUCAGCAUCAGCAGCCCACUCAGCAACAACUUUAUGCCUCCGGUGUGUCCAAGUUGCCAUUCUCGCCAUUCUUUGCCGCGUCGCCAUUCUUCUUCACCUACCGCCGGAUUAGCGGCGGUGGUGGCGCCGGCUCAGGAAGCGGCAAGCAGGAGGACAACAACAACAGCUGCAGCUACAACAAUGGCAGCAGCGGCGGCAGCAGCAGCAACUCCUCCUCGCUCAUGCAGGACUACGACCGCAAGUUCAGCCUGCUGAGCCUCUUCAAGAAUCCCUACAAGUUCAGUGACGGCCAAACGGCGAGGAAGACCUCACCGCCGGGCAGCAGCUCCAGCAAGUCGGUGGUGGCCCCUGCCUGCUCCUCCUCAUCCUCCGCCAGCUGGAAGAGCUACGCUGGCUCGGGGUCGCCACACGCUGCCCUUAAUCCGGCCUUCGGCGGCAUGGCUCUGGGCGCCACGCGCAAGGACAAUAGCAGCUUCAGCGGCAUCAACUUUGGCGGCGGAGCCUCCUCCUUUGCGCGAUCCACUUCCUCCGACGCGACGGCCAACGGCGGCUACAAUGAUCUCUCCAAGAACCGCAAGGUACACAAAUGCGACACCGAAGGCUGCGACAAGGUCUACACCAAAAGCUCGCACCUCAAGGCGCACAAGCGAACGCAUACGGGUGAGAAGCCGUAUGUGUGCACCUGGGAGGGCUGCAUCUGGCGCUUCGCCCGCUCCGACGAGCUGACCCGCCACUACCGCAAGCACACGGGCGUGAAGCCCUUCCGGUGUCAGCUCUGCACGAGGAGCUUCAGCCGCUCCGAUCAUCUGUCGCUGCACAUGCGCCGCCACUGAGCAGAAGGGCUCAGAAGGAAUGAGGAUUGUGACUGCCGAUCUGGCCAUACAUAUAUACAUAUAGUGCAUACAAAACAUAUCUAUAUAGACGCCGAGAAUACUCAUCGAAGGUGCUGCUCGCUCUUGACUAUUUAUAUUCACACACGAAUCGCUAUCCAUUGUUCAUUAACUGAGACCAGAUUUUACACAUUUUCCAUAUUGCCUAAGUAGCUCAAUUUAGUGGUAAGCGGGCUCAAAGCCCAAUCUAUUUAUAGGGUAUCCAUAGUUCUAGAGCUGAAGAAUUUGUAAAAUUCAUUCACGUAUUCACAACCCAGAGACAAUUGCCUUCAGAAGCCAAGUUACGAAUGGAUUUGUAAACCUACUACUCGUACACACAUACAUAUGAAUACUCGUAGAACAUAUCCAUAUAGUUUCGUACGAUCAUACAGAUUAUAUAUACAGAUAGUUUUGGAUUGGUGCUAGCAACUUGCGUGUAUAUACAUAUAUACAUACAUAUGUAGAUCUAGAUAUACUUGGUAAGGCGAAUUUUAACUAAUUUUAGAUGAAAUUUUUUAUUGGUUAUUAAGUAGAAAAUUUUAUACUCGAAUACCACACAAAACAAAAGAGAAACAAAUACAAACAAAAAAAAAAAAAGCGACACAAAAGAGGCACAAAAACCAGAAGAAGCCAAGCAAAGCAAUAUAUUUAUAUAAAUAGAAAUUCUCUCAUAUAUAGGAUAUACCUACUAUACACAUUUUGUACUAUACACUAUACGCAUAUGAUAUGAGAGUUAAUGGAGAACAAGGGUGGAUAGCUAAUGGUGGAUUGGUGGGGCAAUUCCAGAGAAGGGAGUUCAAUUUUUUGUAUUUUUGUAUGCCUAGCGUUUCCAAGCUAUGAGAAAUAAGUGUUGGAUUCACUUUGAUGGGUAAAACGGACUACAUUCCUUCAAAGACUAUUUUAUCAACCACUUUAUUUGAUGUUUAUUCAACUUUUGUAUAAUUGUAUAAUUUCCCCAUUUUCUCCCUUUUCCCCUUUUGAAGAUAUACCCUUUCUAUAACAUAUGUAUUUCUUUAAGUACCCGUCUUCGCGAGACUUAUGAAACGCACUGUAUUCCUUGCCUAAUCCCAACAGCAUUCUGCCGCGUCCCAACUGUCAUCGUAGAUUUAGCUCCACGCACACUCCCAGAAACACACACACACA